AUUUAGGAGACCAGACAGGACGAUCACUUUACAUUGCUUUAUAUUCUGGCUCAUGUUUUUUGUACAUGGCGUCAAACGGGUUAUGAUGCUGUCCUCUCUCUCUCUCUCUCUCUCCCAGCUACCAUAUAAAAAGGGCGCACUUACAAACAGGAGAAAGUUUCUCUCUUCUUUUUUUUCUAUUCAUCUCAUCUCAACACACACACACACACACACAAUAACAACAUUGUAGAAAGACACAAAUAAACAUCAUGAAGAUCCAAACACCUCUCUUGAUUCUCGGCUUGGCUGCUACUGCUUAUGCCCAAACUGAUGCUGCUGCUGGCGAUGCUGCUCCUGAACAAGCCAUCGAUGGAACUACAGCGGACGCCUCAUCCGAUCAACAGACGCAACAACAAGAAGAUCCUGCUGCUGGUGCUGCUGGUGCUGCUGGUGCCAGUGAUGGUGCUGCUGAUGCGGCAGCACCUACGCCUACCGAUCCAGCAGCAGCCGGUGUUUCCGGUGGAGCUGCUGCUGCAACCGACAUGCCUCAGCCCAACACGUCUAUUCCAGAUAUCAACUGGUGGUCUUCUUUGGUCAGCGAUGGCUCGGGUAUUCCCACCGCUGUGCCCUCGGCCAGUGAUCUGCCUGAGCAAGCCUCUUCUGCUUUGUCUUCUGCAGGCGUCGCGGCAGCUUCUCCACUUCCGCCUGUCGCUGGUUCAUCGGCAGGCGUAAUGCCACCUCCCAUGAUGCCCUCUGGCUCAACAGGAUCAUCCGCAUCAAUGCCUCUACCCUCUUCUUCGUCAGUUGCACCUUCUGCAGCUUCCAAGGUCCAAGUGAGCGGAGCGGUUUCUGCAGCCCUGGCAAUGGCAUUCGCGUGGUAUAUGGCGCUCUAGGGAAAUGCCUUUUAAUAUAGCGUUUAUUAAUAGUUAAAGAGUUAUUGCUUUUCUUUUUUAUUUCUCCCCACUACUGCUAAUAUCUUUGCUUUGCCUGUUUCCCAUCCUUCCCCUUCCGUGAUAUAUGCUGUUUGUUGUUAU